GCGCGGUGGGCGGGGACUCCGCCUUGCGCGUGGGGCGCUGAGCCGAGAGUCGCGGAGGCGGCGGGGGCGCGGGGGCUCCGAGGGCCGCUCGGCGCCGCCUCCUGCCACACCAUGGGCAGCGCAGAGGACGCAGUCAAAGAGAAACUGCUGUGGAACGUGAAGAAGGAGGUGAAGCAAAUCAUGGAGGAGGCUGUCACCAGGAAGUUUGUGCAUGAAGACAGCAGCCACAUCAUUGCUUUAUGUGGUGCGGUGGAGGCUUGCCUCUUGCAUCAGCUGAGACGCCGUGCCGCCGGCUUCCUGCGCAGUGACAAGGUGGCAGCCCUGUUCACCAAGGUGGGGAAGACAUGCCCAGUGGUGGGGGAGAUUUGCCACAAGGUACAGGAGCUGCAGCAACAAGCAGAGGGCAGGAAACCCUCAGGGGCCAGCCAGGAGGCGCUGCGGAGACAGGGCUCAGCCAGCGGGAAGGCUCCGGCCCUCAGCCCUCAGGCCUUGAAACACAUAUGGGUACGCACGGCACUCAUCGACAGAGUUCUGGACAAGGUUGUGCAGUACCUGGCGGAAAACUGCAGCAAGUACUACGAGAAGGAGGCAUUGCUGGCCGACCCUGUGUUCGGCCCGAUCCUGGCCUCUCUUCUAGUGGGACCCUGUGCCUUGGAAUACACUAAGCUCAAGACAGCUGAUCACUACUGGACUGACCCCUCUGCUGAUGAGCUGGUCCAGAGGCAUCGCAUCCGGGGUCCGCCUACUCGCCAGGACUCCCCUGCGAAGCGCCCAGCCCUGGGGAUCCGGAAGCGGCACUCCUGCGGCAGCGCGUCAGAGGAGCGGCUGGCUGCCUGCGCCCGCGAGUGUGUGGAGUCCCUGCACCAGAACUCACGGACGCGGCUGCUCUACGGCAAGAACCACGUGCUGGUGCAGCCGAAGGAGGACAUGGAGGCGGUCCCUGGCUACCUCUCCCUGCACCAGACUGCAGAGAGCCUGACUCUGAAGUGGACCCCCAACCAGCUGAUGAACGGGACUCUGGGGGACUCCGAGCUGGAAAAGAGCGUUUACUGGGACUAUGCCCUGGUGGUGCCCUUCAGCCAGGUGGUGUGCAUCCACUGCCACCAGCAAAAGAGCGGCGGCACGCUUGUGCUGGUGAGCCAGGAUGGCAUCCAGAGGCCGCCGCUGCAUUUCCCGCAGGGAGGACACCUGCUGUCCUUUCUGUCCUGUCUGGAGAAUGGGCUGCUGCCUCGAGGACAGCUGGAGCCCCCACUGUGGACCCAGCAGGGGAAGGGGAAGGUGUUCCCCAAGCUACGGAAACGAAGCAGCAUACGCUCCGUGGACGUGGAGGAGAUGGGCACGGGGCGGGCCACCGACUAUGUGUUCCGGAUCAUCUACCCCGGCCACAGGCAUGAGCGCAUCACUAUUAACUACCACCACCUAGCGGCCAGCCGCGCGGCCUCGGUGGACGAUGAUGAGGAAGAGGAGGAUAAACUGCACGCAAUGCUCUCAAUGAUCUGCUCGCGGAACCUCACAGCUCCCAAUCCGAUGAAAGAUGCUGGUGACAUGAUCGAGAUGCAGGGCUUUGGGCCCAGCCUGCCAGCCUGGCACCUGGAGCCCCUGUGCAGUCAGGGCUCCUCCUGCCUCUCCUGCUCCUCCAGCAGCUCCCCACAUGCAACCCCCAGCCACUGUAGCUGCAUCCCCGACCGGUUGCCGCUCAGGCUACUGUGUGAGAGCAUGAAGAGGCAGAUCGUGUCCCGGGCCUUCUACGGCUGGCUGGCACACUGCCGCCACCUGUCCACGGUGCGGACCCAUCUGUCAGCGCUGGUGCACCAUAGCAUUAUUCCACCUGACCGGCCCCCGGGGGCCUCCGCAGGCCUCACCAAGGACACGUGGAGCAAGUAUCAGAAGGACAAAAAGAACUACAAAGAGCUGGAGCUGCUGCGGCAAGUGUACUACGGAGGCAUAGAGCACGAGAUCCGCAAGGACGUCUGGCCCUUUCUGCUUGGCCACUACACGUUCGGCAUGAGCAAGAAGGAGAUGGAACAGGUGGAUGCAGUGGUGGCAGCAAGGUACCAGCAGGUGUUGGCAGAGUGGAAGGCCUGCGAGGUGGUGGUGAGGCAGCGGGAGCGGGAGGCCCACCCAGCCACACGCACCAAGUUCUCCUCGGGCAGCAGCAUCGACAGCCACGUGCAGCGCCUCAUCCACCGAGACUCCACCAUCAGUAACGAUGUGAGCCACACGGGACCUGGAGGGUUGGGGAUCUUGGGGGCCACCCGCGUUUUAUGCACAGCGAUCCUGAGCACCAGCCUGACCUCUGGGAACUGGAAGCUGUCCCUCAUCCCCGCCCCCGCGGCCCACGUACCAAGCAUGACGGCCUUGUCUCUCCCUAAGUCCCGAGUGUCUUGGGAGGGCCCCUACGUGUGGGAGCACCUUGACGUGGGCUAUGUGCAGGGCAUGUGCGAUCUGCUGGCCCCUCUCCUGGUCACCCUCGACAACGAUCAGCUGGCCUACAGCUGCUUCAGCCACCUCAUGAAGAGGAUGAGCCAGAACUUCCCCAACGGGGGUGCCAUGGACACCCACUUUGCCAACAUGCGCUCCCUCAUCCAGAUCCUGGACUCAGAGCUGUUUGAGCUGAUGCAUCAGAAUGGAGACUACACCCACUUCUACUUCUGUUAUCGCUGGUUCCUGCUGGAUUUUAAGAGGGAACUGCUGUACGAGGAUGUGUUUGCUGUGUGGGAGGUGAUCUGGGCAGCCAGGCACAUCUCGUCGGAGCACUUUGUCCUAUUCAUCGCCCUGGCCCUGGUGGAGGCCUACCGCGAGGUCAUCCGCGGCAACAACAUGGACUUCACCGAUAUCAUCAAGUUUUUCAACGAACGCGCUGAGCAUCACGAUGCCCAGGAGAUCCUGCGGCUCGCUCGGGACCUCGUCCACAAGGUGCAGCUGCUCAUAGAGAACAAGUGAGCUGGGGCCGGGAGGCAGCAGCCGUGCAGAGCCUGGACCUUGGGCGCCUGGGCUCCGGCAGGGAGAGGCGCAGGGGAAUCACCGCCCAGACCGCCCCAGCCACCAGCCGACCCCACCUCUGUUCCUGACAAAGUGACUGUGAGCCUGGGAUCCGACUCCCGGCAGUGCUGACCCCGCAGGGCAAGCCAGGGGCCAGGAUGUCCUCGGAUCAGGGCCGGGAUGGGAGCGGCCAGCCUCAGGGAGCAGCUGCCUUGGGGGACAUACCUACUCUACUCCCCAUGAUAACGGGCUAUAGUGGCCUGGGCCCUACUUAGCUGGGAUGGCAGAGGGCGAGAGGCUCUGUGCUGUGUCCCGUCUGAGGGUCCCUUUGCAGCCCCAAUAUAUUGUGUGUGCACCAGCCCCAGCUGGAGCAGCCAGAAAUGCUGCCGGUUUAGGCAUAUGUCCUGGGUGCAGGAGGCCUGGGUCACCUUCAGGCCGCUCCCCUGAGAUUCUAGGGCAGUCAGAAGAUGUGGGCCCUGGAAGGGAGCAGCCCACCUCAGCAGCACUGCCACUGCCUUUGGCCACCUGAGGUGACCCCCAGGCCUCGCGGCCCUGUACGGUGUACCUCUGUGUAUCUGUACAGCCUCACUCCUGCCACCCCACCCUUGCGUUCUGCAUUAGGUACUUCUCUGAAAACCACGUGUAAGUGACGCUCUUGCCAGUGGACGAUCUGGAAUGCGACCGGAGCACUUGCUCUGAGGAAUGCCAGGGUGACUGUGUAGGGGAGCAAUCUGGUCACAGUCUCCUCUCAGGGACAGGCCUCAGUUCUGGGGCAGCCCAUUAUCUGUCGCAGACAUCUGCUGCGUCCCUGGGGCUGGGGGAGGCAGGGGAUGCAUGGGUGUCCCUUCUGUCCCUGGUGAGAAGCAAAGCUAGCUCCGCCUUCCACAUGCAUCUCAGGAUGCCAAGAGGCCUAGGCACCCAGAAACCCCCUUGGAGGAGCUGUGUCCACGGGGGUGCCAGGAAGGGCAUAGCUCCUGCCCCCAGGCCUAGGCAUGCUGCUUGCUUGGCCAUCCCCACUUCCUCCUCCACCCCAACACAUGCAGGCUAGGCCUUGCCCUGGGACCUGGAGGCCCUGCCUGGGGCUGGGCCUGUCCACAGCCAGCAGUCUGGCAGACUCUGCAUUUGAGAAACAUGACAAAGGGCCCCACACCCUUCUGCACCCAGGACAGCCUGCCCAGCCCAGCCCUGCCCCCGGGCAUUGCAUAGCCUGUCUGGGGGCCACACCGUCCCAUUGUCCAUCCUUGUGGUCCAUGAGUCCUCGGCCUCCACCAAGCACGUGUGGCCAUCGUGUGCCUGCCUUAGUAACUCCGUGGUUUUGUGAGGAGCAGAGUGCGUAUGGUUUUUGCCUCAGAAACUAUACUCUUCUGUGUAACAGACCAAUAAACAGCAUUUGUCAACAC